AUGCUCUGCCAAGAUCGCCCGUGGGUGGCGGCGUUGUUUAUGGGGGCCCUGCUCAUCGUCGUAUGGAGCACGCGGUUAAUGAGUGGCUUCGACGGGGUGGCGGUACUGCUGUUCGCGCAGCAGGACGGGGUGGGCGACAAACACGAACUCGAGGCAGAGAGGGCGUUCGUCCGAAAGGCAAUCGACACCGAGUUCCCUACGCCAAUCGAUUACAGCCCUAUAAAGGAGAUAUGCACACGAAAACCGGACAACUUCAGGCCGGGCCUGCUCUUCACCUGCGAGGGCCAGCACGGCGGCAUCGGAAUGCUGCGCAACCAGAUCCUGAAAUGCGUGCGGUAUGCGAUCAACGGCGGCGGCGCGCUUGUGGUUCCCUCGAUAGCCCUGCGCAACCCGAGCGACCUGACGGACAUCGAGACGACCAACGAGGUGCCGCUGGACUACCUCCUGGAGCGCAAGACUUUCAUCAAGCACCUAUCAGCCGGCUGCCCUGGGAUGCACAUCUAUGAGCGCGCGGAGGACUUCCCAGCCUACGAGCGGCGGGUAGACGUGGAUUUAAUAGGCGACCAGUUCGAGCCGAACCACCCGCGCGAAGGGCUUGAGUUCCCGCGCGAGUGGCGGCGCUUCUUCGAUGAGUGGCUUGAAGGUGACCAGAAGGUCAAACCCCAUCCCGCAGCACCCGUGCACGUCCGGAUGGGCCAGUCCUUCCUCGAAUACCCCGUGCACGACGACGGCGACGCGUUCGCGGCCGAGUUCGGCAAGAUCCUGUCGUUCCGCAACGACACGCGCGCGCUGGCGGCCAAGGUCCUCUGGGAAUUAAAGGAGAGGUUCUCGCUGCCUAUCGACCCGGCGGUGGCCAUCAACCAGGGGGCCUUCUACGGCGCGCACCUCCGGCUCGAGGAGGACGCCAUCUGGGCGUGGCCGCCCGAGGAGUGGCGGUACUCGCGGAUGGAGGAGCAGUUUAGGGAGCAGUUCGAGAACCUGGCGCGCACGGGGCUGCGCGUCGUCUACGUGGCCUCCGGUGACCAGUCGGUGGUAGACCUGUUCCGCGAGCGGCUGAAGGCGUCGGAUCUGGUCCAGGGGGAUGUGGAUGUGGUUACGAAAUUCGACUUGCUCCGGGGGCCUGACCGCGAGCGGCUCGACAGCCUCACGUUCGACCAGCAGGCCCUGGUGGACUUCAUGAUCAUGUUCAAGGCGAGCGCGUUCAUGGGCGUCGCGCACUCCAGCUUCCCGUGGAACGUGGCGCUGCGGAGGCACGAGAUCAGCAAGUACGCUGCUUACGGCAACGAGGGCUCGGAUCUGCUAAGGGACGAGUACAGCAUCAUCAUGGGGAUGCGCGCCGAUUACCCGCACGUCGACCCGUUCGAGUACGGGAUAUGGCCAUGA